GCGCGUAAACGUACGGCGUACGGCGCGGAGGAAGCAGUGCAGGCAACGCCCACUUCUGGUCGAGAUAUUGGCGGCGACGGCAGCGGUGAAGCAUGGCAAACCUGCAAGUCCUGUGUAGGCCCUCGGGCAUCCUGAAGCUGCUUCAGAUCGCGAUCUGCCUGACGUGCCUAGGCCUGAUCAGGCAGUACGGCCUGCAGUUCGGCACCGGCGGCUGGAUCGUCGAUGGCAGCAGCCUGGACCGCAACAUGGUGGGCGUCAUCGCCUGCGGCGGCAUGGUGCUCGUCACCACUCCGCUGCUCAUCGCGCUGGUCGCCGGCGAGAUCGCCAUCGAGAAGUCGUUCCUGGAGACGCUCUUCAACAUCGUGGGCUUCAUCAUGAUGGUCACCGCCGGCAUCAUGGCCAUCGAGAACUACCACGACAAGAGCGACAACGAAACGCGCGAUGCCGGUCUCGCCAUGGGCUCGCUGGCCAUCAUCAACGCCAUCAUCUACCUGGUGGACGCGUUCGUCGCCUUCCGCCUGAAGCGCGUCUAGGCGACUCGCAGACGUGGUGCCACCUCCGCCGCGACGGUGCUGCCACCUGGGGCGUUAGUCGCCGUUCGGCCAGAGCCGCGCAGCGCCGUCCCCCGCCGUCCGGAGCGGAUGAAAGGGCACAGACGGUCGCACCGCUUCGCUUGACGUGCUGUUCGUGGGUGUACUGAUACCGGUCACAGUACAGCUUUUCACGUGUACGCUGGUCCAAAUCUCUCGGUGGCCUUGAAUCAUGUACGCCUUUCACUUGCGCCUCUUGUCUGCAUUUUUAGAAGUCAAACAUUUUUGAAGUUGAUAUUUAAUUGCGUGCGCUGUUUCUCUGUGGGCCUAUUGCGGCAUGGUUGUGGAAGUGGACGCAUAUUACCAACACAGGUACCUAACACAUACCAAAUAGAUGCAUUCAGAGUGGUCCACCUACACCUCAUGUUCGAAAUAUUGGAUGUUGAAUGCGUUUUUCAUGGUACAAAAUGUGAAGCACAUGCCGUUGAUGGAAUUAUUUAUGUCAAAAUAAGACCGGUCUGCGUUCGUCCGAUUGAUUUUGAAUAGGAUAUGUUUUGAGGCUUUGUUUACCUUUCCAUUUUGUUCACGUUCUCAGAUGCGCAGGACUGCUCUUUUCUCCUAGAAGGAUAUAUUUUUAAUGGAGCGCAAGAAUGUGGUCCAGUGAGGUGAAAGCCGUAGUUUUUCGAGUGAGAGAGGUGGGUGCUGUGGAAACGUAGCUAUGGUAAGUGAUCGUUAGUGUUUCGUUUUUCUUACAUUUAGCGAACUGGCGCCCGCGGAUUUUCAAACAAGCGUGGCGUCUUCACAACAGAAGACAUCCACGAAAACACGCUCGGGUAGACCAGUUGCGGAUAUUAGACUGUGUCUAGGUUUUCCUCCUCACCGUAGACCAGGUUCUGUCAGUGGCAUGAAUAUUGAUCACAGUCGGCUGGUGAGUUUGUUCGGUGGAAAGUUGCAUUUUACGCAAUUUUUGUCGGGUCCCGGUUCUACUGAAACGUUAUCGGUUGGAACGAUUCUCAAUAGGUUUCUGCUUGCGCGCUGUCACAUGCCUUUGUGAAUACAAUGUCGCAAAAAUAAAAGGACAAAAUGACA